CACUCAACGAUAUCUUCACACAGUCAUACGCUUGAAGCUUUGCAACUGCACGACGUGGAAUCCUUUCGGGAGGCCCCUCGAGAUCACGCGCACUACUUGAGUAAGGCCGUGAACUGGGUCAUGUGGCGCUGGACGCCCGGAAUGUCGUACAAAAUCGAAGGGUCCUCAGGUAGCGCGAGACGCAACUUGCUGCCGUUUCCGACCCGCACGUCGUGUUCAAAGGCACCGAUGACGGCAACCGCGACCUCGUGGGCGUCCGGUCGAUCGGCUAAGUCUGCCGCGUGGCGCAAUCGUCCAGCGGGGUAAACUUGUUGCACGCCACGGAACUGGCUGUCAUGGGACGCGACUUGGAUAUGCGCUCGUUCCCAUCGUGUCAUUUCGCUCUGAACGAACACUUUGGUCGACAGCCAGAGCGCCUGGUCGAGCAUCACGGAUGGCGAGUACGGCUCGCCGUACGCUUCAUAGAACAGCACGGCAGUUUCCGCGAGUCGCACUUUGAGCAUGCGGCUGCCGUGGUCGCGGGGAAGCACGAGUUGGCGCGGCAACGCCGCAGACCCUUGGUUGUGGACUUGCAGCGUCUGCGCGACCAGCACAAUGUCGAUGGAGGCGACACCCGUUCCAACUUGCACGACAUGGUGCGCCAAGUGAUGGAACUGCUCAAAGCGACGGAUCGACGCUUCAAUGACGAUGGGGACGGUCCAGUAUUCGAUAUGGCCGACAAUGUGCGACACGAAGAGGAGUUGGCGGUACAUGUGCUGGACCAAGUCGGUGCGACACAGCACUUGCUUGAUGUGGGCCAUGAUGUCCGAAUACACACUUCGCGGGCACUUGUCGCCGCCCUUGGUGGAAAACGACGUCAACGUGCUCCACAGAGUCUCCAUGUACGUUUUGAUUUUUCCGUCCCCGGGGACGCCAGGCAUCGGCAGGACGUGCUUGGAUUUGCCAAACAUGCCCACUUCAAACUCGAUGGUUUUGGGGAGGUGGUUCUUGACCAAGUCGGCGAGUUGGAACGUCUCGUACGACAUGACGGUGUGGCAGUACCGGCAGUGCAGCAUCUUGCCACCAACGUGGAUGUCGAGGGUUUGCGUCGAGUGCAAAUGGGUCGUGCACACCGGGCACUCGGUGAUCGGCAGCUGGAAUGCCAUCGACUCGAUCGACAGGUCAGGGUACACGUCCAAGACGAGCGCGACAAGCGGUGACGGCGUGGAUGGGUUUGCCUUGUACUCGGCUUCCAGCUUUAAAACAGCUCUGUAGAGCUCUUCCUUGGACGCGGCGACGUCGCUCACGUCCGUGUAGACUGCCUGGAGGCGAUUCAUAAAAGCUUGGACUUGCGCGAUUGUCGCAGCGGACUUGGUGGGGACAACUGCUCGCUUCUUGGGCGUCGCGUUCGCGCCUUCCACAAUGAGUUUGGCCACAUCGACCAACUCGUCCAAAACGGAGGAGGAAGAGGGCAGGGUCCAGUGGGCAGAAGCCUGGGAUGCUCCAAACACCGCGACAAGUUUCUGGAUGGCCGUGUUACUGGGGCAAUGCAGCUCGAGCUGGACGCCGUUCCGGCCAGACAAUACGUACAACUGGUGGCCAUUCGGGGCGAGAACCGACGUUGGCGUCGCAAAGGAACCGACGAUACCGUCUUUGUGAAACACGGUCAGGGUUUGGCCCAGAAUGACCACUUGGCACCACUUCCACGACGCCGCUUUCGAGAAGAACGUCGACUUGGACGCCUUGAUCCACCAGUCGACGCGAUACGUCGGUCGGUCAUCGACGAGCGCCGCGAUGGGAAUCGCAUCAUGGUCGAUGCUCGGUCCGACCUCGGUGGCCUCAACAAUCGCGAUCGCCGUGGCGGCAGCAGCUAGCGGAGCAACGGUGGUGGCCAUGGCAAGCCAAGCGGAAGUGGUGUGAACACAUUACAGCCGUGUCCAGACUUCAGCAAUUGGUCGCACGAAGCCAUCGCCGGCGUGCCCCCCCCAGAAUCUGAUCCCUGAC